CCCGAACGGCCGCCGCGCGCCACAGCGGGUUUCUCCCCUACCCAUUCUCCGCUCGCCGGUGGUGUCCAAGAAUGAGCUAGCGGUCCUGCAGUACAGUACCCUGCCAGCCAGCCUCUCAUCCCGCUCGUGAUUCUCAAGGUCGCCGUCUCGGUCACCUGCCACACGCGAGGUGCUCGACGUUAUGGCGCUGCAGCCGGAGCGAGCCAACAACCAGCGGGGGCCAUCAAGCUCCAGCCUGCCAGAGGAGCCACAGACUGUCCUGCGACCGCGACCGCGACCGCGACCCAAAGACGGCCGCCCCCUUCAACCCCGCCGUGGCAUGGAAACGCAAACGGAGCAGAAGUCCACGGCUAGCUGCACAUCUGCGCAGCCCUGCCUGCUGCCAACCCCCGUUGACCUCCUACGCGCAAGCUGACAUCGGCUUCGGAUCUCCCGCGACUCACGCGCUGAUCGACACGGCAGGAGAAUCAGAGGAGCGAUCACUUUCAACAAAAUCAGAGGAGCGAGAUGGGAUCGACCUCGACGACAUGCAGCGUGCGCGGCCGCACGGCGAGCACGGCUCCUGUUCCAACUCAAGAUGCCAUGCCGAGACGUCACGUUCGUCCGCAUCUCUGCCCAACUCAAUCCAUUGCUUCGUUGACACUCGCGCGCGCGACGUACGCCCGCCCCGCCCUCCUCUGCAGCUGGCCACAGGCGAGAAACGUACAAGCAAGCCAGCAAGAAUAAUCACAGUGUGAAGGAGGCACAAGUCAAACCCAGAUCAAUCAGGCUUCAGGCACCAGUACUAAAUUGUUCGGACGUCAAAGAAAGUCAAUCGUGGACCAAUGAUGCAACCAUUGCACCAGCCGCAAGUCAUUGUCCUCAUGUCGCCGAACGGACGGCUUGGGCAACUGCUCUGUGCAGUGGAGCAUAUAGACAUCCCCUCUUCACCAUAGCAGCACCCUGGAAGCUCACACUUCCUUCUAGCUCGCACAACUACAUGAUACCAUCUUAGCAGUAGCAAUGGCUAUCAAGCAGAGCAACAGCUUCUCUCCGCGUGUUCAUGCUGGUCUAUCCCUGCUCUUCUGCAUCCUGCUUGCACCUGUAAGUUUAGCCACACCAGCCACAGCUCCUGCUGCUCUCUUGGAAGUGAAGUCCGGCCUCACUGACCCUGAAGGCGUCCUCUCCGGCUGGUCACUGGAGGCCGACGUGUGCUCAUGGCACGGCAUUACAUGCCUGCCCGGGGAGGUGGGCAUUGUGACAGGCCUCAACCUGUCCGGGUACGGCCUGUCAGGCGUGAUACCGCCGGCGAUCAGUGGCCUCGUCUCCGUCGAGUCCAUUGACUUGUCCUCCAAUUCCCUCACCGGGCCGAUCCCGCCGGAGCUUGGCGUGCUGGAGAACCUGAGGACGCUGCUCCUCUUCUCCAACUCCCUCACCGGCACCAUCCCGCCGGAGCUCGGUCUUCUCAAGAACCUCAAGGUGCUCAGGAUCGGCGACAACAGGCUGCACGGCGAGAUCCCGCCGCAACUGGGCGACUGCUCGGAGCUGGAGACGCUCGGCCUGGCCUACUGCCAGCUGAAUGGCACCAUUCCUGCUGAGCUUGGCAACCUGAAGCAGCUGCAGAAGCUGGCCCUGGACAACAACACCCUCACCGGCGGCAUCCCGGAGCAGCUUGCUGGCUGCGUAAGCUUGCGCUUUCUGUCAGUGUCUGAUAACAUGCUGCAAGGCAACAUUCCUUCGUUUCUUGGGAGCUUCAGUGAUCUCCAGUCUCUUAAUUUAGCAAACAAUCAGUUUUCCGGUGAGAUUCCGGUGGAGAUCGGCAACCUUUCCAGCUUGACAUACCUCAACCUGCUCGGCAACAGCCUGACCGGCGCCAUUCCGGCAGAACUGAACCGGCUGGGCCAGCUGCAGGUUCUGGACUUAUCCAUGAACAACAUUUCUGGAAAGGUCAGCAUCUCUCCAGCACAACUGAAGAACCUGAAGUACCUUGUGCUGUCUGGCAAUCUCCUUGAUGGCGCCAUCCCUGAAGACCUCUGCGCCGGCGACUCAUCAAGCUUGCUGGAGAACCUGUUCCUUGCUGGCAACAAUCUUGAAGGCGGCAUCGAGGCGCUGCUCAACUGCGAUGCUCUCCAGUCCAUCGACGUGUCAAACAACAGCUUCACCGGAGUGAUACCGCCGGGCAUUGACCGGCUGCCUGGCCUCGUCAACCUCGCUCUGCACAACAACAGCUUCACCGGCGGCCUGCCGCGACAGAUAGGGAACCUGAGCAACCUGGAGAUUCUGUCUCUAUUCCACAAUGGCCUCACCGGUGGAAUACCGUCGGAGAUCGGCAGGCUUCAGAAGCUGAAGCUCUUGUUUCUCUACGAGAACCAGAUGUCCGGAACCAUCCCUGACGAGCUCACCAACUGCACGAGCUUGGAAGAGGUGGACUUCUUCGGCAAUCACUUCCAUGGCCCUAUUCCAGAAAGGAUUGGGAACCUCAGGAACCUGGCCGUGCUUCAGCUCCGGCAGAACGACCUGUCGGGCCCCAUUCCGGCGAGCCUCGGUGAGUGCAGGAGCCUCCAGGCGCUGGCAUUGGCAGACAACCGGCUUACCGGCGUGUUGCCCGAGACGUUCGGGCAGCUCACCGAGCUCAGCGUGGUAACGCUGUACAACAACUCCCUCGAGGGCCCCCUGCCGGAGUCGCUGUUCCAGCUCAAGAACCUCACCGUGAUCAACUUCUCCCACAACCGGUUCGCCGGCAGCCUCGUCCCUCUCCUCGGCUCGACCUCCCUCGCCGUGCUGGCGCUCACCAGCAACAGCUUCUCCGGCGUCAUUCCAGCGGUGGUCGCCCGAUCGAGGAACAUGGUCCGGCUCCAGCUUGGCGGCAACCGGCUCACCGGUGCGAUACCGGCCGAACUAGGCAAUCUGACAAGGCUCAGCAUGCUUGACCUUUCGCUCAACAACCUCUCCGGCGACAUCCCGGCGGAGCUCUCCAGCUGCGUUGAGCUCACCCAUUUGAAGCUCGACGGGAACAGCCUGACGGGCACCGUUCCUGCAUGGCUCGGCAGCCUCAGGUCACUAGGCGAGCUCGACCUGUCGUGGAAUGUGUUCACCGGAGGCAUCCCGCCGGAGCUGGGCAACUGCUCGGGUCUACUGAAGCUGUCCCUCAGCGACAACCACCUCACCGGAAGCAUCCCGCCGGAGAUCGGCAGGCUGACGUCUCUAAACGUCCUGAACCUGAACAAGAACAGCCUCACCGGCGCCAUACCGCCGUCGCUGCAGCAAUGCAACAAGCUGUACGAGCUGAGACUGUCGGAGAACUCGCUGGAGGGUCCGAUCCCGCCGGAGCUCGGGCAGCUCUCGGAGCUGCAGGUGAUACUGGACCUGAGCCGGAACAGGCUCUCCGGCGAGAUCCCGGCGUCCCUCGGCAGCCUCGUGAAGCUGGAGCGGCUGAACCUGUCGUCCAACCGGCUGGACGGGCAGAUACCGUCCUCGCUGCUGCAGCUGACGAGCCUGCACCGCCUGAACCUCUCCGACAACCUCCUCUCCGGCGCGGUGCCCGCGGGGCUGUCGAGCUUCCCGGCGGCGUCGUUCGUCGGCAACGAGCUCUGCGGCGCGCCGCUGCCACCGUGCGGGCCGCGGUCGCCUGCUAGGCGGCUGUCGGGCACGGAGGUGGUCGUGAUCGUUGCGGGCAUCGCGCUGGUCUCGGCGGUGGUGUGCGUGGCGCUGCUGUACACCAUGCUGAGGGUGUGGAGCAACUGGCGGGCCGUGUCGGUCUCCAACUCCGACGGCGAGGAGUCGGUGCACGGCGGCGGUGGCCAUGGCGGUGGUGGUGGGAAGUGGGGCGACGGCAAGUACUGGAAAGUAGGAUCGCCGGUGUCUUGGUCGGCGGAGCAGAAGCACAGCUCAGGGUCUGAGACCGCCAGCGUGCUCCAUGGCAAGUCCACGGAGGCUGCCGCCGGAGCCGGGAAGAGCUAGCUAGGUAGCUGAUGCUUUCGCCGGUGGCGGCAGUGAACGUCACUUUUGCUGCCUUGCAUGUUCAAAAGUCAAAAUGUAUGUGUAUCGAUGAUCGUAUCUCAUCUUGGUUCCGUGUGGGUUUUUCUUCGAUUAUUACUUGCUGCUUCCGCCACACCCGUUCUUGUGUUCUUGAUUGGAGAAUGGAGAUGGGAAGCUGGAGCCUGGAGCUGGAGGGAAGCAAAACCGGGAAGAGUGGCACCGUGGGCUGCUACAUUCCAUUUCGUAGUUAUGGGCCGUCUUGAAGAUCCAACCGAUCCCGUUGGUUUCGCUGAAAUUUGACUUAUGCUGAUGUUUAAAAA